AUGGAAAAAAAGGUGAUAACUGACGAAGAUGGAGACUUAUAUGGAAUCUUGAAGAAACCCAACAUUCGCGAGGUUCAGUUCGGGAUGGACAAACGUUUCCCCACCUGGUACGGAAGUGCUGUUUACUUCAGCAGCGAUUACAAAACUUUAGGAUUCAAAGACCCAGAGGAAUUGAACUCGCGCUUACAGGUGAGAGAUAAGGAUUCCGAUGGGUUUUGGUUGGACACGUUGUGUGUUUGUGAAUACUGUUUCAAAUACACCGAUGACGAAUUGGCGUUCAAAAGCCACAUUCCAAAUUGCCCUUACAAGAAAAAAGCUCCUGGCAGAAUUAAGUACAAAAGCCCUCAAUACACAAUCAGAAGGGUCAAAGGCAGUAAACACCAGUUAUUUUGCCAGUGCCUGUGCCUCUUCACUAAAUUAUUUCUGGAUAACAAGUCGAUGUACUUCAAAGUGGAUCAUUACGAAUUUUAUAUCAUAUAUGAGACUGGUUCUACGAAACCCAUGGCAUUUUUCUCAAAGGAUCUUCUUUCCUACGCCAAAAAUAAUUUGGCAUGCAUACUAACAUUCCCACCAUAUCAACGGCGACGGCUGGGCACUCUCCUAAUAGAUUUUUCUUACAAGCUGUCAAUUCACGAAGGUAUCUUAUCAGGACCAGAACAACCACUUUCUCCAUUCGGCUUAUGUAGCUACCUGAAAUACUGGAGCAGCGUCAUCUGCUGGCAGUUGCUGGAAGGCGAUCUAAGUGAUAAGGGUAAAUUAACGCUGAGUGACAUUGCUGACGUAACAGGAAUGAGAAUAAAUGAUAUAAUCAUUGCACUCGAGCACUUAAAUUGUUUGAAUAACGAGAAGGAGAUUUCUCUGGCAGCCGUUCGAGCAUGGGCAAGAGAAAAUGCAACCUACGACUUGUUCAUGUUACAAGAUGAAUAUCUAUUUUUAGAUGAUUAA